CUGGGCCGCGGCGUCUCUUCCCCGACCCGAACACUCGGCCGCACAGAGCACUCCAGAGCAGGCGCGAGCUCUCGCCACCACCGCCGCCGCCGCCGCCGAAGACGACGUCUGCGGGUAGUAAGGGAGGAAUGGCGGAGCGGCAGGUGGCGCAGCUAGGGGCCGGCGCGGCGUGCGUAGGCUGGAACCACUGCGGCCGCCGCCUCGCCGCCGGCGCCGUCGACGGCUUCGUCUCCGUCUACGAUUCCCAGCCGUCGCCUUCCUCCAAGUGGCAGGCCCAUGAGCAUGCUAUCCUGAAUAUCGUGUGGCUUCCUCCAGACUAUGGGGAUGCUAUAGCUUGUGUUUGUGCUGAUGGGACACUAUCUUUGUGGGAGGAGGUCGCUGAAGAUGAUCAACUUCCAACUUGGAGGAAAUGUAAAGUAUUUGAGGGUAGCAAUUCUCACAUACUAAACGUGCAGUUUGGAUUGCAGCUGUCAAGUCUGAAAAUGGUUACUGCAUACUCAGAUGGCCAAGUGAAGGUGUAUGAGCUCUUGGACUCAUUGGAAUUAGACAAGUGGCAGCUUCAGGCAGAGUUCCAGAACAUUACAGAUCCUGUCUCGCGGUCUGGGAAACCAGCAUGUACCUCUGCAUCGAUUGCAUGGAGUCCAAGAAGAGGUGAAAGUCAGCAGGCUAGUUUUGCUAUUGGUUUCAAUUCAGACUCCCCAAAUUUCAACUCUUGUAAGAUUUGGGAGUUCGAAGAAGCUCACCAGCGUUGGCUUCCAAUUGUUGAGCUUGGGUCACUUCAGGAUAAGGGUGAUAUAGUGCAUGCUGUAGCAUGGGCUCCUAACAUUGGCAGACCAUAUGAGAUCAUAGCAGUUGCAACAUGCAAAGGAAUUGCAAUCUGGCAUAUAGGGCUAAGCCCCGAAUCUGAUGGCAGCUUGUCAACAGAGAAUGUGGCUGUACUUUCUGGCCAUGAUGGGGAGGUACUGCAACUGGAAUGGGACAUGGGUGGUAUGACGCUUGCAUCGACCGGAGGCGAUGGCAUGGUUAAGCUAUGGCAGGCUAACUUGAAUGGAGUUUGGUAUGAGCAGGCUGUGCUUGAUUGCAAUGUAUCUCAUAACUAGGGUUAGGUGCACAUCUUUUUUUUUCUGGUUGAAACGGGGGGCUUAUGGGUUCCCAGCCCCCCCCCCCCCCUCCCUCAAAAGUUGUGCAAGCGGGAGAUUUAUGGGGAUGCUAUCCUGUUCCAGAAUCAUGUGAUGCCCCUUUCAAUUAUGCUACCGUGUACGUGGUUGUCUUUGGUCCCAAAAAAAAAAAAAAAAGAACUGGCCCUACAGCCUUCAUGAUGAUGUAGCUGCUGUUUAGGCUCAUCCGAUGCUACAUGGAUGUUGAUGUUGCUGGUGUCCUCGUAUCUUUUAUCAAGAUGCACGAUGUAACCGUGUUGUAACUAGGCGAUCGCUACUGGCACCAAGAAAUUGAAAAAAAUGGGGGAAUUGAAUGCCAUGCAACGUU